UGGCUUCAGAGAAGCUGCUGCCUGCUGCUGAGACUGAGUCAGACGGGCGGCGCAGAGAGAGGAGAACGGUCUGAGUGAGGCGUAUCUGCACAGACACACUUAUAGCAGCUAUAUACAGGUCACCAUGUCGAAGUCCCAAGUAUGUGAGGCCGGUAGUGCCUUCAUCCAGACACAGCAGCUGCACGCAGCAAUGGCAGAUACCUUCUUGGAGCACAUGUGCCGCCUGGACAUCGAUUCAGAGCCAAUAGUGGCACGCAACACAGGCAUUAUCUGCACCAUCGGCCCAGCAUCUCGCUCAGUGGAAAUUCUAAAAGAGAUGAUCAAAUCUGGAAUGAACGUUGCUCGUCUGAACUUCUCCCAUGGAACACAUGAGUACCACGCUGGCACCAUAAAAAAUGUUCGUGAAGCCACAGAGAGCGUCGCUUCUAACCCCAUCCUUUAUAGACCAGUGGCUGUUGCUUUGGACACCAAGGGACCAGAAAUCCGCACAGGGCUCAUCAAAGGCAGUGGCACAGCAGAGGUAGAACUAAAGAAGGGGGCUGUCCUGAAGAUCACCUUGGAUGACUCCUUCCAAGAGAAAUGCGAUGACAAAGUGCUUUGGGUUGAUUACAAGAACCUUACCAAAGUGGUGCAGCCAGGCAGCAAGAUUUAUGUAGAUGAUGGACUCAUUUCCCUGCAGGUUAAGGAGAUUGGCCCUGACUUCGUUUUAACAGAGGUGGAGAAUGGUGGAUCCCUAGGUAGCAAGAAAGGGGUUAAUCUUCCUGGAGCAGCGGUGGACCUGCCUGCUGUGUCUACUAAGGACAUCCAGGACCUGCAGUUCGGAGUAGAGCAGGAUGUAGAUAUGGUGUUUGCAUCCUUUAUCCGCAAAGCAUCUGACGUGCAAGCAGUUAGAGACGUUCUGGGGGAGAAAGGAAAGAACAUCAAAAUUAUCAGCAAGAUUGAGAACCAUGAAGGAGUACGAAGAUUUGAUGAAAUCUUAGAAGCUAGCGAUGGCAUAAUGGUGGCUCGUGGAGACCUUGGUAUUGAGAUACCUGCAGAAAAAGUAUUCCUUGCCCAGAAGAUGAUGAUUGGACGCUGCAACCGUGCAGGGAAACCAGUUAUUUGUGCCACACAGAUGUUGGAGAGCAUGAUCAAAAAACCACGUCCAACUCGUGCUGAAGGCAGUGAUGUUGCUAAUGCAGUACUGGAUGGGGCAGACUGUAUCAUGCUUUCUGGGGAGACAGCCAAAGGAGACUACCCACUGGAGGCAGUACGCAUGCAACACGCUAUCGCUCGCGAAGCAGAGGCAGCCAUUUUCCACCGGCAGCUGUUUGAGGAGCUGAGACGUGUGUCCCCGCUGACCCGAGAUCCAACAGAAGCGACUGCUGUUGGAGCAGUAGAGGCAUCAUUCAAAUGCUCUAGUGGAGCCAUCAUCGUGCUUACCAAAUCUGGCAGGUCUGCACAUCUGGUAUCUCGGUAUCGACCACGUGCUCCUAUCAUAGCUGUGACCCGUAAUGGACAGACCGCACGUCAAGCACAUCUCUACCGUGGUAUCUUUCCUGUACAAUAUAAAGAGCCAGUGAAUCAGGCCUGGGCAGAGGAUGUGGACCACAGAGUUAACUUUGCCAUGGAUAUUGGUAAAGCCCGUGGGUUCUUCAAGACUGGUGAUUGUGUCAUCGUGUUAACAGGCUGGCAGCCAGGGUCUGGUUUCACCAACACUAUGCGGGUUGUGCCAGUUCCUUAAGCUUUAUCAUCCUCCAGUAGCUCUCGCUCACCCCUUCCCUUCUCUGCACUUAGACGGUUUUGCCCAUUGUGAAAGCACACAACUGAGCCACAAUUACUCCAUGUUGUGGGACAGAGGCACUAAUGCGUGUGUGCACAGCACUGUCCUCCUGCUCAUUACACUCCUAGUUGUAAUCUGUUUUCUUCAUUAUGCUGCACUCCUCUGGGAAACAUGUAGUGCUGUUUGUCCUCACACUCCUCUCCUACUGUACCCUAAUACAUUGUGCUGUAAGAGUGUCUUUGUGUGGCUUCUCUGGGCAGCUAUGUAGCUUGUGGUGUGUGGUUAGGGGAAGGUCUGUACCCAUCUUGUCAUCAGUCUGUCAGCAGUGCACUGAGAUUAGUGUUCAAUAAAACCAUGCUACGAAGCA